AUGAGGGGCAUCGACAGGGCGGUUACAGAAGAUGUUUACCAGGAUGAUAACCGAGAUAAGGGACUUUCAGAUGUACAGAAUGGAAAAUCAAUAACAAAUGGAGUUACAAACGGAAUUCAUCUCCACAGUAAUGGCUUCAGGCUGUCGGAGGCAUGGCCGCAAAGCAGUGUUCCCUUUGAAUUGCCACUUCAUUUAGAGAGGCUCAAACAGCAAGCAAAUGAUGCCUUCUCCCGACAACAAUGGACACAGGCCAUCCAACUUUACAGCAAAGCCAUUCAACAAGCACCUGGGAACCCCAUGCUUUAUGGCAACCGAGCAGCAGCCUUCAUGAAGCGCAAGUGGGAUGGAGACCAUUAUGAUGCCCUCAGAGACUGCUUGAAAGCAAUUUCUUUGAAUCCCUCUCACCUGAAGGCCCACUUCCGCUUGGCACGCUGUUUGUUCGAGUUGAAAUAUGUUACUGAGGCUCUGGAGUGCCUCGAUGACUUUAAGGGCCGCUUUCCUGAACAAGCCCACAGCAGUGCCUGUGAUGCAUUGGACCGAGAUAUCAAGGCUGUGCUCUUUGCAAAGACAGACACCUCUGAUGAGAAGAAAGCAGGAACAACCACCCCAAUCCGCAUCCGGUCAAGCGGCAGGAAAGAUUCUAUCUCUGAUGAUGAAGUGAUUCUGAGGGAACGAGGUUAUGAUUACAAGUCACGGUAUUGUGGUCACUGUAAUACCACCACGGAUAUUAAAGAAGCCAACUUCUUUGGGAGUAACGGCCAAUACAUUGUCAGUGGUUCUGAUGAUGGAUCCUUCUUCAUCUGGGAGAAAGAGACAACAAACCUUGUUCGUGUUCUGCAGGGUGAUGAAUCGAUUGUAAACUGUCUGCAACCCCACCCGAAGCACUGCUUCCUUGCAACGAGUGGUAUUGAUCCUGUGGUUCGCCUCUGGAGCCCACGACCAGAAAGUGAAGAUCAAAAUGAGCGAGUAAUUGAAGACAUGGAGGGAGCUUCACAGGCAAAUCAGCGGCGAAUGAAUGCAGACCCCCUUGAAGUUAUGCUCCUAAAUAUGGGAUACAGGAUCACUGGACUAACCAACAGUGGGAUGGCUUCAGAUGAUGAGGAAAACUCUGAAGGCCAGGUGCAGUGCCGGCCAAGCUAAAUAGCAUCCCAGCAGUAGCGUACUUGGGACAGACCAGGGAACAACUCUCAUUUCAGAGUGUACGUGGCUGAAAACACUGCACUGUCCUCAGCUACGCACCAAAAGCUUUGUUCAGGAAGCAGUGACAGGGUUUGCAUUCUUUCCAACAUCCAUCAGACUCAUUUAUGGACGAGCCCUAUUCCGUCUGCAAAAGUCUGAGAGCGAUGCUGCUACCCUCUCAGGAACAGCUAACUGGGCCAAACCUGGCCUGGGACGCAUACAAGAGACUUCAUGUUGUUUCUGGUGGUUGAAAAAGACUCAUUUGAUAAGCAGAUCUUUUUGUAAAUUGUCUAGAUGCUGCUUUCAGUUUGUAUAAAUGCUUCCUCCUCUAUCACAUUCAGUCCCUUUUGUAGUAAUGGAUUCUGCACAAUCCGUUAGAAAAACACAGGCCAAUAAUAUUGAGGUAAACUGCACUCCCUUCGUAGCUCUGAAGCCUUUAGAGCUGCAGGGCAUCCUGAUGCAGCCUUCAUUGCAGACAUGAGAGAGUCAUGAAUGGUAGUCAGUAUCAUACUUGAGUUCCUCUGCUGCUUUUGGCCCAGUUUGCAAUGUGCAUACAGAAUAUGUAGCUACACAACUUGACUUGAGGAUUGCUGCAUCAUGAUUGGGGGUUAUAAGAAUGUGAGCAUAUGGGAUGAAUUCACAAUGUACAUGCAACAAAGUGACUGACCGUGGUGAAGUAUGGGAGGUGUGUCAGAACUACCCUAACAUUGUAUGUGAACAGCCUGGCAAUUGGUUGUUGGGGAGGGGGUGCUGUUGUGCCUACAUCCAUCUGUCUCUUGUACUACCUAGCUGUGUUCUGUCUGGUUUUCUACCCCAGUCUUGGCAUUCUAUCCACUUCCUCGUGAAAGAGACUGCUUCAAAUUCAACUCUCUAAGCACUGAUUCUGUGAACAGUUUUGCAGCCUGUUCACAGCCUCUGGUGUUUGCAACAUAUGAUACUGCCCUCUCCUGGAAUGCACUUUUCAUGGGUGUCCCCAAAACUCUGCAUUGUAAUACCAAGCUCCAGGCCCUUGAGAACUUGGGAUCAAAUAUUCCAUUUGCAGACCUGAUUUAAUUAGAAUGGUGGUGGGGUGGGGGAGGAUUUAAGCAUCUUGUUUCUUCUGCUGGCUGCUGCUUUUUGAUUUCUGUUUCAAUGUGUGAGUGAAUUUAAGUAUUGAGCUGUCAGCUUUGAGAAGAAGUGUCAUCAGUAAAGCUUGGGAAGGGAUGUUUGAUUUAGUUCUCAUUCUGAUGACUAAUUUGCUGUUAAUGCUAUCAGAUUUUGUUGGACAUUCAAGUAGAAGCUGUAGCGUAUAUUGAAGAGAAUGUUUGUUUCAGUUCUGGGUAAAUUGGGCAACUGUGUGAAAGGUAGGUAAGGGGAGGGGAGCAAGCUUUUGCAGUAGGUGCUAUUUGAAACCAACACCAAACUGCAGCUAUUCUGUUGUAGCACAUGAUCCAAGAAAUAUUAGCAAGCAGAAAUGGAGUGCACACCCUGACUGGCAGAUUGGGUCAGCACGCAGUUACUCUACCUCUGGAACCGAGUGAGAUCUAACGAAAAGAGUAUAUAGAGUUUCAGGAGGCUCCACUCAGUGAGCAGAAAUCUGUUAUCUGAAUGAAAGUGUCCACAAAGAUGGCAGAUGUGGGAAGUGACGUGUUUUAAUGACAUGGCAAGGGAUAAUAUUCUGUGGUGGUGUGUGUGUUUAAAGGGAUGCUGUUUUAAAAGGGCACGGUAUAAAGAGGCUUUGAUGUAUAUAGCAAGAAGUGGGGAAUAAGGUGCUGUGCAUUGACAUUUGUGACAAAUGAUACCUAAGUGUGUAUGCACUGUUAAAGAGAUAAUUUUAAUCACCAUUGACCAGUUCACUUCCUGGACAAAGAUUGAUUGCAUACAGAGGCCCCUGUGCUCCAAGUUCUAUUUGUUGUUUUUUUUUUUAAAAGGCAUGUCCAUUUACAUCACACUGAAUUGAAGGCGAGUUUGUGUAAUAGUGGUCACUUGGAAUGAUUUGAUCAUCUUUUUAUUUUGAUAGUCAGUUAUUUGCUACUUCCAUCAAAAAGCAAUAGCAUCAUUGGCUGCAGUCUGCAAAGCUGUUAAAAAUUCCUUUGCCUAUUCAGUAAAAACUAAACAUGACUUGUUCAGUUGCUGAUCAUCUGGGAGUGCCCUAGCAGUUAUUGUCCAGGGGUAUGCUGUGGCCACCUGAUCAUUGAAACUAGUGAUCAGUUUCUGAGAGUGAGCUGCUGAGUAUUUGCAUUCACAUGUUUCCUGAAAUCUUCCCUUAGGGCUGUAGGGUUAGGAUUCAAUCAGUAGGUGACCAACAGGAGAAUGAAGGUCUAAUCCCAAAUCAGAGACUAUGGUAGAGAAGCAGUCUUGAUUGAAGUUUUGCUGGAAUUCAUGUUUUAUUACCAGCCACUCCCACCAACAGCUGUUAUGUCUGUGACUACAUUGUUAAAUUAUAUUUCUAAGUAUAAUUUAGGUUUUGAUGGGAUUGUUGCUUGUUUGCAAUUGUUUGAAAGCCUUGGUCUGAAGCUCUAACUCCAUGUGGUCAGUGUGUUAAAUGGAAAAGUAGACCACCAAUGGAUGGAGUAGGUGGAUGGGUUUAGUCAGUGUACUAAAUAGUGCUCUGCAUUAAUAGUCUUCCCACUCCUCCCACUCAAUCCAUGAGCUCAGUGCCAAUUGUGUGUUUAAACCUCACUCAGUUUGUUGCUCCUAUCCUCGUCUGUGAUUUGAUGAGGAAUUAUCCGUGGGAAGCUGCUAACUGUAAAAAUAAAUAAAUAAAUAAAUAAAAAUUGUUAA